CAACUACAACGAACUAUCACACAUAGAAGAUGGGACGUUUCUUAGACUUUUCGGACUGCAGAACCUAAAUUUGGAACACAAUUCAUUGACAGAGAUAAACAAUAAUACAUUGGCAGGAUUGACAGGAAAUCUUUAUUACUUGUACUUAAGACACAAUUUAUUGACAAACAUAGCAAUUGGGUCGCUUGAUCAUCUAACUGGACUUCGACAUCUGUAUUUAGAUGGAAACAUGCUCCAUGAUGCGUUGUUUAUUGAAUUUCUACCAACGACAUUGUAUUUAUUAUCGAUGAAAAACAAUUCUAUCGAUGACAUAGCGAAUGGAACGUUCUCUAGAUUAUCCCAGUUACAGAACCUAUACUUAGAUGGUAACAGGAUUUCUGACUUGUCAUUUGUUGCCUCGAUAUCAAAUUCAUUAAGACACUUGUCCUUGAAUAACAAUUCACUAAGUGACUUACCCGACAGCCAAUUCGAUAGAUUAACGGGACUACAGUUAUUAUAUUUAGAUGGUAAUAUGGUUGAUGACCUGUCAUUUGUUGAGUCUCUGUCGUCAGUCUUGUAUUUUCUGUAA